AUGGCGCCCCAAAACUCGACCCUGAUUCACGACGCGUCGGACUCUGCAGCCGACACCACCGGAGCAGCCUCUGGCGCCGCCGCCCGACGCACCUCGGCCGAGGAGCUGAGCAGCUUCAGUCCGAUUCUGCCUCCACGAAAUCACCACCAUCACCAUCACCACCAUCACCACCAUCACCGUCACCGUGAGAACCAGCAGCAACAUGGACGCCUGCGAACGAGCGACGACGGUGGCGUCGGCUUUGCCACCAGCUCCCUCGAAGACGCCGCGCCUGAAGACACCCUAAAGGCUGCCCACCAACACCCGAGCGCAGCCGGCACUAGCACCGCGUCCAACGGCGUCCUACAACAACCUUCUUCGAUGGUGGCGGCCUCCUCCUGCACGUCCCGGGCAGGAAGUUUCCGUGACUCGGGCAAGGAGCUCCAGUCACUGCCGGCAAGCUGGUUGGCGCACGGCUCAUCACAGGGACUGUCCGGCAGGAUUUGUGGCACCGGUCGGGGCACCGUCAAACGGGAGCUGCUAAACUCUAUUCCAUGCCAUCAGCAUGCGCAUAGCACGAAGCAGUACGCCGAAAGUCUCGAAUCGGACGACAACGUCACGACGGAUGAUACGGACGACGCGUACGAGGGUUCGCCCGAACCGACACCGGAAACACCGUCGACCGGGCCGGACGCCAACCUUCCGCCGGCCGCCGACAUCGAAAUACCCAUUUGGAUCCGGGGUGAGGCCCGGUUCGUGUCCGGCAUCAACGGGACAACCACGUGCAGCAACAUUAUCCACGCCCUGAUCGACGACGAAAUCCUGAACGGAAACUACGGCUCGGAAGAUGUCGCAGUGUCGCGUGACGUGAACGAUUACGUGAUAAUAGAACGAUGGCGUGAGGUCGAGCAAGUGCUGGCCGGCGACACACGAAUCCUUUCCAUCUGGAACGCGUGGGGCGACGCACGUAACGAGGUGCAGUUCCGCUUGAAAAUCAAUAAAACUAACCUGGAGAAAGGCACCUCCGGAAAGGAAAUCAAAUCGAAAAAGCAGAAAGAAAAAAUUGGACUCAUCAAUCGCAUGAUGCGCAAGGUGCUGAAGCAGGGAGAGGCCAUCCAAAAUCACCUUUCGCUGAUCAGCCAAAAAUCGACCGAAAAACGCCAGCAAGAAAAGUUCCGCAAGUACGUGCGGAAAAACUGCGGCAAACAUCUGAUCAUGGAGAACUUCCUGCACGAUGCGGCCACCGGUAGCCACCUGUCCGAUCUGUCCGUGGACGGUGAGCCGCUAGUGUCGGCUGCGACGGCAGCAGCAGGAGGAGCAGGAAACGGUGCAAAAGAUGACCCGAAAGAAAAGGGACGCCGUAGUACGUUCCCUGGCAAGCUGUUGUUUUCCGCCCGUAAGGUAACGUCCGCUGGGGGCGACAAGGAGAAGGAACGAGGACGCGUGUUGCGUAACGUCCUGUUCGAAUCGUCCGACCAGCUGGCGGACGGACAGAAGGGCAACGAGGACGAGCUGCUGCUGGUGAUCGACCACACGUCCGACAGUGACAGUGGCAUCUUCACUAACAACGUCCUGAGUCGGCGCGACACGCUUCCGAAGCGGCCAAACUUUGGUUCGAUGGUGGAGAUCGAUCGGUACACGAAGGAUGCGGACACUGAGGAUCCCGAGGAGUUCGAAUCCGGCGAAUCCAAGCGACAGCAGAAGUAUCACCGGUCCAAGCGUCGCUACGACUCACUUCGUUGCCAUCACCAGAAUAGGCGCCGAGAGCUCGUAGAGUACGCCCUGUCGGAGGACGAUGGUGUGGCUUCCACGAGCGGUCGUAGGAUUUCCGAGCACGAGCAGGAGGAACUGGUGGAGCUAGCCAACAGUGGCGAGCAGACGAAGAGAAGCUCCUGCCUUCAGCCAAAGGCAGUCGGUGGCGACGAGGGUGAAACUGAGAAUGGGGCUGAGGACCUUACGCCACCGGUCGACGACUUCGAGCAGGACUUCCAGCAGUUCGAUCUGCGCAAGGGCACCUUCAACCGGACGUCGUUCCGGUUCGAUCUGAUCCGGCAGGAGAUCGCGACCAAGAUGGCCGAGAUGCAGCAUUUGGUGGAGCAAGAGGAGGAGCUACUGCGGCGAUUGAAGCUGAAGAGUGCCAAAUUCCACGCCGAAAAUCAAAUCUAUCGUUCGCACAUCGGGCUGGACUUUCAUGUAGAGCGUCUGCAGCAGUCGAUCGACCGGUGCGCUCAGGAGAUCAUCGACAUCGAGCAGCAGCUGCUGGAAACGAAGAUGGAAAUAGAGGAGAAAUCACCUCUGAUUGACAAUUUGCGGGCGCUGCUCGAGGCACAGGAAGCUGGCCAGUGCUUCCGGCGACCCGUCAAGGGUCAGCCAAAGGAACAUCAGCAGCAGCAGCAGCAGCCAGAACAGCGCUACGGCAUGACGACGCACUUCCGGACGGGAUCGGUCGAUGGCGCAGGGCUUAGCGCUGACACAAGCUUCACCCAUGCGCCUCCAAAGGGAGCGUCGUCACGCAGUAGCCUCGCGAAACGCAAGUCAAACCCGCCGGCCAACGAGUCGGUCGAGUUUGUGGACAAUAUUUACGAGUUUUGUGAUAAUAAUCAAAGUUUUGUCGUUUGA